AUGGACAAGUUUUUGAAAAGAAAAGGACCUGAUGUAAACUCCAACAAUCCACCAACAUCUGAUGCUGAACAAACAUGUAAGAACAACUGGCCAAAAAAGUCAAGGAAGUAUGAGAAUGAAUACAUAAACUAUGGAUUUACGGUUACAGCCAAAAAUGGGCAGGAGUUUCCGAAAUGUGUACUAUGCCUUGAAGUCCUUUCAAACGAGUGCUUAAAACUGUCUAAACUUAAACGCCAUUUACAUCAAAAACACCCAGCAGAGGCUGAAAAGUCCAUGGAGUAUUUUAAACGCAAGGAGGAACUAAUAACCAAGCAGUCGGCCACAUUCGUGCAGCAGGCUAAAGUCCCAGAGAGAGCACUGAGAGCAUCUUUUCUGGCAUCUUACCACAUUGCUGGGGCUAGGAAGUUGCAUACUAUUGGAGAGGAUUUGUUAUUGCCAGCAACCAAAGACAUUGUUAAAGAAAUGCUUGGUGAGGACGCUGCCAAGAAAAUUGACGCGGUGCCACUUUCCGACAAUACAGUGAGUAGACGUAUAAGUGACAUGGCUGAGGACGUUUCUACUCAACUUUUGGAGCAGGUACGAGCGAGCGACUAUUAUGCACUGCAGCUCGAUGAAAGCACUGACGUGGCUAAUGUUGCUAAGCUGCUUGUCUACAUCAGGUUCUUUCAAGGAGAAAAGUUCGCGGAGGAAAUACUGUUCUGCAAAGCGCUUGAACGUAGGGGCACAGGGAGGGAGAUAUUUGAAAUUUUGGACAACUACAUUAGGACAAACGGACUUGAUUGGUCCCGUUGUGUUGGAGUGUGUUCGGAUGGGGCUGCAGCAAUGACAAGGAGAAACAGUGGAGUGACUUCGCUAAUCAAACAGAAGGCUCCGCAUGCCGUGUUCACACACUGUAUGCUCCAUCGCGAAGCCCUUGUGGCUAAACGCAUCGAUGACAAGCUUAAUCUGGUACUGCAGGAGGCAGUACAGGUAGUGAACUUUAUUAAAACUCACCCCUUGAAGCACCGACUCUUUGCCAUUCUGUGUAACGAAAUGGGAGCUCGUUUUCAUGGAUUGCUGCUCCAUUCAAGUGUACGCUGGCCUUCACGAGGGGCAGUUUUGAACCGUGUAUAUGAGAUGCAGGCGGAGAUCGCAGAGUUCCUUUCGUCUGAAAAACAUCAGCUGGCAGACCGUUUCACAGAUGCAACAUGGCUUCUCAAACUUGCUUAUUUGGCAGACAUAUUUCACCAUCUCAACGUACUGAAUCAAAGCAUGCAAGGGCGUGAUACAUACAUACUGCAUAUGCAAGACAAAGUGCGUGCUUUUUCCAUGAAAAUCACGCUAUGGGCAAGUAAGCUGCAAGAGGGGAAUACAGAAAUGUUCCCACAACUACACCAAGAGCUGCUGUCAUCUGGUCAUGAGUUGGACACCAUUGCCCCUUUGAUACAGUCACACUUGGAACACCUCCAGGGAUAUUUCAGGGACUAUUUCCCUGACCUUGACAACACCCAGCUAAAUUGGGUUAGAACCCCGUUUGCUCCUGAUGUUGGCUCUUGUCUGGACUUAAAAUCACAAGAGGAACUGAUUGAGAUGGCUACCUCAUGGGACUUAAAAGUCAAAUUUGAAACCCUCUCCCUUCCUAACUACUGGCUGCUUGCCAAGAUGGCCGUAUGGAAAUGCUAUAAAUUGGAGCAAGAGGGUAAAGUGGUGGACCUCAUUGUGAUGGACCGGUUGACGGACAAGAUCAAACAGGAGUCUCUGUGGACUAUGAUGUUCACAGAUGACCUUGUAAUCUGUAGUGAGAGUAGGGAGCAGGUUGAGGAGAGGUGGAGUUAUGCACUGGAGAGACGAGGAAUGAAAGGGCUAAAUCGCUCCCUCCAUCUCCUCAGUGACAUAGACUCAGCUCUAGUGGAAGUCUCUGGCGAGGAGCACUGA